CCCCGACCCCGGAAAGCGGGACCCCCGGAGCCACGGGACCCCCGGAGCCCUCGGAGCCCGGGACGUGGGACCCCCGGAGCCCUCAGACCCCGAGGCACGGGACCCCCGGAGCCCAGGACGUGGGAGCCCUGACCCCGGAAUGUGGGAGCCCCGCACCCCGGCACGUGGGACCCCCGGCCCCCAGCCCUGCCGCCGCGACCCGGGACCCCCGGAGUCACAGGACCGUGGGAGCCCUGGAGCCCUGGGACCCCCAGCCCCGGAAUGUGGGACCCCCAGAGUCCUGGGAGCCCCGCACCCCGGCACCUGGGACCCCCGGGACCCCCGGGACCCCCGGGACCCCCGGAGCCGCAGGACCCCUGUCCCCAGCAUGCGGGACCCCCAAAGCCCAGGCCGUGGGGCGUGCAGAGCCCUGGGACCCCUGAGCCCGGAACGGGGGGACACAGAUCUCUCAGCCCUGGGGUCCCCGAGCCCCCCCGGGCCCGGCCCACCGGGGCUCCGGCCGCUGCCCCAUGGACGCUGCCCUCGGUGCCGGCGGCCCGCGGGGGAACCGGGGGAACCGGGACCCCCCGUUAUCCCGCCUCAUCCCGGGGCCCCGCCCCGGACUGUCAGACUGUGCUGCUCUUCCUCCUCCUCCUCCUCCUCCUCCUCCUCCUCCUGCUGCUCCCCCCCGAGCCCCGGGGCGGCGGGGAGUGCCCAAAUGUGUGUGUGUGUGUGUGCCCAGGUGUGCCCAGGUGUGCCCAGGUGUGUCCCCGGGUCCUGUCCCCAGGACGUCGCGUGUGUCGGGGGGUCCCGCUGCGCUGGGACACGCGUGUUGCCCCCCGGUCUGUGUGUGUGUGUCCCCCCGCCGUGUCCCCGCCGUGUCCCCCCCCAGGACCCCCGGUGGCGGCGGGGCCGGCGGGUCCGUGUGCGCCCCUCCGUGUCCCCAGGGACGGCCCGGCUGAGGGGGGGUCGGGACCCUCCGUGUGCCCCCUCCCGUCCUGCUGGGCCGCGUGUCCCCCGAGCCCCCGGCCGCUCCCCGCCCGGCCGGGUGACACCGGCACUGUCACCCACGCACAGGGAGGGGGACGCAGGGCUCGAGGGGCUGCCACUGCCCGGCCACCCAUAGCGUGUGCUGUGUUUGUCCCGUGUCACCCCUGCAUGUCCCCCCCGCGUAGGUGCCCCCAAUAAACCAGACAGAGACCCC